GUGGGUUGGGUCAGGCGAGUGAAAUGGGUUAUCGUGUAUGUAUGUGACUCAGCUUGACCAGACCAGAGUAUAUUCAUUGAGUUUGUUUUACGUUACAUUGCCAUUUAGGCGGUGAUCGUAACUGAGAAUUGGAAAUGGUGAAUCGUCGACGCCUCACCCGGGUGGCGACGAGCGACGAUGAAGACGAGGCACCGCGUCCACAACGCACGCGGAAGAGGAUGAGGCUUAUCGAGGAAGAUAACGAUGAUGACGAGAAUGAAGAAGAGAAACAACAAGAGGUGCCGGAACUGCCUCAGCCUGCGGAGGACGCUAAGCCUCUUGGCGAACCCGUUAGGGUUUCGGGAAAAGGAAGAGGAAGGAAGAGGCACUAUGAUUCCUUCGAGUUCGAUGGCAUCCAAUAUAUUCUCGAGGAUCCUGUUCUUCUUGUACCCGAGGAGAAAGGCCAGAAGCCAUAUGUUGCAAUUAUUAAGGACAUUACGCAGUCUAUCAGUGGCAACGUGAAAGUGACGGGGCAGUGGUUUUAUCGUCCCGAAGAAGCCGAGAAAAAAGGUGGUGGAAACUGGCAAUCGUGUGAUACCAGGGAACUGUUUUAUAGUUUCCACCGUGACGAUGUUCCUGCGGAGGCUGUUAUGCACAAGUGUGUGGUACAUUUUGUUCCCAGACACAAACAGCUUCCAAAGCGUAAGGAUCACCCGGGGUUUAUUGUACAGAAGGUGUAUGACACUGUGGAAAGAAAGCUCUGGAGGCUGAGUGAUAAGGAUUAUGAGGAUAUUAAGCAGCAAGAGAUUGAUGUGCUUGUUGAGAAGACUCUGCAACGUAUUGGUGAACUACUUGACCUUGAGCCUGAGGAAGCCCCUGAUGACGAUGAGGAUCAAUUGAAAAAUAGAAAAAGCUUAAGGAGAAAGAGUGUUUCACCUCUUGAUGUUUCAAAGGAGGAAGAAGAAACUCUUAAGAGUGAACAACAUCCAAAGUCUGAAACACCAGCGGGUUGCAUAACUAAUCCCUCAGAGUAUUAUCGGAUAUUGGUAGAAUUCAAUGCACUAACUGGAGAUAGCCAUCGAGACAAAUGGUUGGAGAGGUUGCUUCAACGCAUUCAUUACAUGUGUGAUUCUAAUGAUAGCAAAGAAAGGGACAAAGGAUUAGGAAAUGUCAAUUCUGAUGAAAUCAACGGUGGAAGCAAGCAUAGAAGUUCAGAGUCAGCAAAUGUCUGUCAAGAUAAGGUUCAGAAGAGUUCCAAGUCUUUUAUUUGGCCAGAUGCUGGUGUUUCAGCCAUGGUUGCUCUCGAAAAAGCUUCUCAUGAUGCUCUCUCAUCAGAUUCUAUGAAGUACAACCAAAAGUUGCGCCAAUUAGCUUUUAAUUUCCAGAAAAAUGCAGUGUUAGCACGCCGUCUAUUAAGUGGAGAGUUGGAGCCUUCAAAAAUAUUAAAUAUGACACCCAAUGAAUUAAAGGAGGGUUUGGUUGCUGAGGAAAAAACCAAGGAGGAGCCUGACAAGAUCCAGCACUUGCAAAUGACAGAUGCUCGCUGCUCAAAAUGCAUGGAUUGUAAGGUGGCCUUGAGAGAGAUUAUCCAAGCUGGAAAUAAUGAACGUUAUCAGCUGGAAUGUGUUUCCUGUGGUCAUUCCUGGUAUGCCUCCCGGGAUGAGGUGUCUAUGCUGACCAUAGAUGCAUCAGAUUCUAAGGGAAACAUAGGCACAGCGCUAUAGGCCACUGCAAAAUUUAAAGAUGUUCAGAUGAAGCUGGUGAGCCGCUGUGAAUCCAAUGUCAGCCAAUGGCAUCUUUUAAAAGACAAGUUAAUUGUAUAUCCCCUGAAAUGAUUUGGAAAGUCCAGGAAAGGUGACGAUAUUGAGGCUAUGAGACGUGUAUCUAUCCCGGCUAGUGUUAAGUCAUAGCAAAAGACUGUUUAUGAAUAGAUAUAGUUCUCUUCCUAUUUGACUCUGCGCAUAUCAUACAACAAACGGUUGGUUUUGUGUAAUACUUCGCAUAAACUAGCUGGUGUUACCUCAUACAUCAUAAGGGUAGUGUUAGCCAUAGAAGUAAAUUUCUUAGUUUGACUUUUACUUUGUAGUAUUAACUUGUUUCAAUCAUUAAUAAGCAAAAAAAAAAAAAAAAAAAA